CUGCAGUUUACUGACACCGCUACAACGUGUUUUUAUCGCUGGCUGUCCAGACGGAAGGUGCUGAAACGCUUUGUCGCGUGUCUGGAAGAAGUGAAAACUUUCCUGGGCAGCAAAGGGCUCACCUUUCCUGAGCUGGAACAGCCAGAGUGGCUGGAAAAGCUACACUUCAUGGUAGACAUGACAGCGCACCUGAACACGCUGAACACAGCUCUUCAGGGGAAAGGACGUACAGCCCUGCACAUGUUGGAGGAUGUUUUGGCAUUCGAGCGCAAGUUGACAGUGCUUGCCAGAGAUUUACAGAAAGGCACUUUGUCUCACUUCCCCAAUUUGAGAGAGUUCAAACAAGGUCACGACAUGAUAAUUUCGGAGUAUUUACAUUCUGCAAUCAUCGCAAUGCAAACAUCGUUUGGGAAACGCUUCUGUGAGUUCAGAGAGGAAAAAAACACAUUAUCCUUCCCGGUCACUCCCUUAAGCAUCGAUCCUUCCCUACUGAAUACGACUGCAUUGGCAGGUGUGAGUCAACCUGAUCUUGAGAUGGAACUGGCCGACAUAGCCGACAAAGACAUAUGGGUGUCCAAGUUUAGACGCUUGACAGCAGACCUUGAAGAUGUUGCCCGUCAGAAGGCCGUUCUUGCUCAGAAACACAAAUGGAGUGAUAUUGAAAACCUCACAGAUGACAGCUUGCGAUCCUGUGUAAAGAUGAAGGUGACAUCAUACAGCCCUGAUGUGCAGACGCUGUGCGCUGAGGUCCAGGAGCAGAAAUCCCAUUAACCAAGAUGACAGCUGGCUGACGUUAUUUUUGGUUUGCUGCUGGCGGAAAAUUUAAGUUCGGCGUUUUUCAUAAAUACAAGAAGGACUCAAAUAGACAUUGAAUAUUUUACUUAAAAGUAACUUUCAACCCAACGUCUUUUUUUCGGAGUUCAAAAUGUUUUUGUUGCAUGCAGAAAUGUAAUUUCGUUUUCUCUGCAGGAGUUCAUCAAUUUCAUAAAUGCAACACAUUAUAGUUUGUUUAUACAUAGCAUAAAGGCAAAAAAAACGUUGUAUGCAGUGUUAUUUCAUUUUAAAUGUCAA